CAUGGGGUCGGGUGAGCGCUGAGAGUGCGGCCGCAGCUAUCAGCCCUGGAGAUGACCAGGAGCGGCCACUGCUGAGAACUAUGUGGAGAGAGGCUGCGAGCCCUGCUGCAGAGCCUCCGGCUGGGAUAGCCGCCCCCCGUGGGGGCGAUGCGGACAGCGCGGGACAGCCAGGGGAGCGUGCGGGGGCCGCAGCAUGCGGGAACCCGCUAAACCCGGCGGCUGCUGAGGCGGCCGAGAUGCUCGUGCGUGCAGCGCGCCCCACUGCAUCUUCGACCUUCUCCGGCUACAGGGACCGUAAGUGGCGACUAUGGGCAGACUGGGCUAUUGGACCCUGCUGGUGCUGCCGGCACUUCUCAUCUGGCGCGGUCCGGCGCAGGGCGCGGCGGCGGAGAAGGGUCCUCCGGCACUGAACAUCGCGGUGCUGCUGGGCCACAGCCACGACGUGACGGAACGCGAACUGCGAAACUUGUGGGGCCCAGAGCAAGCAGCAGGGCUGUCCCUGGACGUGAAUGUGGUAGCGCUGUUAAUGAACCGCACCGACCCCAAGAGCCUCAUCACACAUGUGUGCGACCUCAUGUCCGGGGCGCGCAUCCACGGCCUAGUGUUUGGGGACGACACCGACCAGGAAGCCGUGGCCCAGAUGCUGGAUUUUAUCUCCUCACAGACUUUUGUCCCCAUCCUGGGCAUCCAUGGGGGCUCAUCUAUGAUCAUGGCUGACAAGGACCCGACGUCUACCUUCUUCCAGUUUGGCGCAUCCAUCCAACAACAAGCCACGGUCAUGCUGAAGAUCAUGCAGGAUUAUGACUGGCACGUCUUCUCCCUGGUGACCACCAUCUUCCCUGGCUACAGAGACUUCAUCAGCUUCAUCAAGACCACAGUGGACAAUAGCUUUGUGGGUUGGGACAUGCAGAACGUGAUCACCCUGGACACUUCUUUCGAGGAUGCCAAGACUCAAGUCCAGUUGAAAAAGAUCCAUUCUUCUGUCAUCUUGCUCUACUGUUCCAAAGAUGAGGCCGUCCUCAUCCUGAGUGAGGCCCGCUCCCUUGGCCUCACUGGGUACGACUUCUUCUGGAUUGUCCCAAGCCUGGUCUCUGGGAACACGGAGCUCAUCCCCAAAGAGUUUCCGUCAGGACUCAUUUCAGUCUCUUACGACGACUGGGACUACAGCCUGGAGGCGCGAGUAAGGGACGGCCUGGGCAUCCUAACCACUGCUGCGUCUUCCAUGUUGGAGAGGUUCUCCUACAUCCCUGAAGCCAAGGCCAGCUGCUACGGGCAGGUGGAGAAGCCAGAGAUCCCGCUGCACACUCUGCACCAAUUUAUGGUCAAUGUGACAUGGGAUGGCAAAGACCUGUCCUUCACUGAGGAAGGCUAUCAAGUACACCCCAGGCUGGUGGUGAUCGUGCUGAACAAGGACCGAGAAUGGGAAAAGGUGGGCAAGUGGGAAAACCACACCCUGAGCCUGAGGCACGCUGUGUGGCCAAGGUACAAGUCCUUUUCAGACUGUGAGCCAGACGACAACCACCUGAGCAUCGUCACCCUGGAGGAGGCGCCCUUUGUCAUCGUGGAGGACAUAGACCCGCUGACCGAGACAUGUGUAAGGAACACUGUACCGUGUCGGAAGUUCGUCAAAAUCAAUAAUUCAACCAAUGAGGGAAUGAAUGUAAAAAAAUGCUGCAAGGGCUUCUGCAUCGAUAUCCUAAAGAAGCUUUCCAGAACCGUCAAGUUUACCUAUGACCUUUACCUGGUGACGAACGGGAAGCACGGCAAAAAAGUUAACAACGUGUGGAAUGGAAUGAUUGGCGAAGUAGUCUAUCAGCGAGCAGUCAUGGCGGUUGGCUCACUCACCAUCAAUGAGGAACGUUCCGAAGUGGUGGACUUCUCCGUGCCCUUCGUGGAGACGGGAAUCAGUGUCAUGGUUUCGAGAAGCAACGGCACCGUCUCACCUUCUGCUUUUCUAGAACCAUUCAGUGCCUCCGUCUGGGUGAUGAUGUUUGUGAUGCUGCUCAUUGUUUCCGCCAUAGCUGUUUUCGUCUUUGAAUACUUCAGUCCUGUGGGAUACAACAGAAACUUAGCCAAAGGGAAAGCACCCCACGGGCCUUCUUUUACCAUUGGAAAAGCUAUAUGGCUCCUUUGGGGCCUGGUGUUCAACAACUCUGUGCCUGUCCAGAACCCUAAAGGCACCACCAGCAAGAUCAUGGUGUCCGUGUGGGCCUUCUUUGCUGUCAUAUUCCUGGCCAGCUACACGGCCAAUCUGGCGGCUUUCAUGAUCCAGGAGGAAUUUGUGGACCAAGUGACCGGCCUCAGUGACAAAAAGUUUCAGAGACCCCACGACUAUUCCCCACCUUUUCGAUUCGGCACGGUGCCUAACGGCAGCACCGAAAGAAACAUCCGGAAUAACUACCCCUACAUGCAUCAGUACAUGACCAAAUUUAAUCAGAAGGGAGUGGAGGACGCCUUGGUCAGCUUGAAAACAGGGAAGCUGGACGCGUUCAUCUACGACGCGGCGGUCUUGAAUUACAAGGCUGGGCGGGACGAAGGCUGCAAGCUGGUGACCAUCGGGAGUGGAUACAUCUUUGCCACCACUGGUUACGGAAUUGCCCUCCAGAAAGGCUCCCCUUGGAAGAGGCAGAUUGACUUGGCCCUGCUUCAGUUUGUGGGCGAUGGUGAGAUGGAGGAGCUGGAGACCCUGUGGCUCACUGGCAUCUGCCACAACGAGAAGAAUGAGGUGAUGAGCAGUCAGCUGGACAUCGACAACAUGGCGGGCGUCUUCUACAUGCUGGCGGCCGCCAUGGCCCUGAGCCUCAUCACCUUCGUUUGGGAGCACCUCUUCUACUGGAAGCUGCGCUUCUGUUUCACGGGCGUGUGCUCCGAUCGACCCGGGCUGCUCUUCUCCAUCAGCAGGGGUAUUUACAGCUGCAUUCACGGGGUGCACAUCGAGGAAAAGAAGAAGUCACCAGACUUCAAUCUGACCGGGUCGCAGAGCAACAUGUUGAAGCUCCUUCGGUCAGCCAAGAACAUCUCCGGCCUGUCCAACAUGAACUCCUCAAGAAUAGAUUCCCCCAAAAGAGCUGCCGACCUCAUCCAAAGAGGUUCCCUCAUCAUGGACAUGGUUUCGGAUAAGGGGAACCUGAUAUAUUCAGACAACAGGUCCUUUCAGGGGAAAGACAGCAUUUUUGGGGACAACAUGAACGAGCUCCAGACAUUCGUGGCCAACAGGCACAAGGACAACCUCAACAACUAUGUGUUCCAGGGUCAGCACCCUCUGACCCUCAACGAGUCCAACCCCAACACGGUGGAGGUGGCCGUGAGCACGGAGGCCAAAGGGAGCUCCCGGCCUCGGCAGCUUUGGAAGAAGUCCAUGGACUCGCUACGCCAAGAUUCGGUGACCCAGAACCCCGUCUCCCAGAGGGACGAAGGUACAGCGGAGAACAGGACCCACUCCCUGAAGAGUCCCAGGUACCUUCCAGAAGAGGUGGCCCACUCGGACAUUUCGGAAACUUCGAGUCGGGCCGCGUGCCACAGGGAACCCAACAACAACAAGAACCACAAGACCAAGGACAAUUUCAAAAGGUCGGUGGCCUCCAAGUACCCCAAGGACUGCGGCGAGGUCGAGCGCUCCUACCUGAAGACCAAAGCCAGCUCCCCCAGGGACAAGAUCUAUACCAUCGACAGCGAGAAGGAGCCCGGUUUCCACCUGGACCCCCCGCAGUUCUUGGAAAACAUGGCCCUUCCGGAGAACGUGGACUUCCCAGACACCUACCAGGACCGUGGCGAGAGCUUCCGCCAGGGGGACCCCACGCUGCCCAUGAACAGGAACCCCCCGCACAAGGAGGACGGGCUUCCCAACAACAACCAGUAUAAACUCUACUCCAAGCACUUCACCUUGAAGGACAAGAGCUCCCCGCUGAGCGAGGGCAGCGACCGGUACCGGCAGAACUCCACGCACUGCAGGAGCUGCCUGUCCAACCUGCCCACCUACGCAGGCCAUUUCACCGUGCGGUCCCCCUUCAAGUGCGACGCCUGCCUACGGAUGGGGAACCUCUACGACAUCGACGAAGACCAGAUGCUUCAGGAGACAGGUAAUCCAGCCACCCAGGAGGAGGUCUACCAGCAGGACUGGGCACAGAACAACACCCUCCAGUUCCAAAAGAACAAGCUCCGAAUCAGCCGUCAGCAUUCCUAUGAUAACAUUCUCGACAAACCUAGGGAGCUGGACCUUAGCAGGCCCUCUCGGAGCAUAAGCCUCAAGGAUAGGGAGCGGCUUCUGGAGGGAAAUUUGUACGGGAGCCUGGUUAGCGUCCCCUCCAGCAAACUGCUGGGGAACAAAAGCUCCCUCUUCCCCCGGGGUCUGGAGGACACUAGGCGGAGCAAGUCUCUCUUGCCAGACCACGCCUCCGACAACCCUUUCCUCCACCCCUGUGCGGACGACCAGCGCUUAGUCAUUGGGAGGUGCCCCUCGGACCCUUAUAAACACUCACUGCCAUCCCAGACAGCGAGUGACAGCUACCUUCGAUCGUCCUUGAGGUCAACGGCUUCGUACUGUUCCAGGGACAGUAGAGGCCACAGCGAUGUGUAUAUUUCUGAGCAUGUUAUGCCUUAUGCUGCAAAUAAGAAUAAUAUGUACUCUGCCCCCAGGGUUUUGAAUUCCUGCAGCAAUAGACGCGUGUACAAGAAAAUGCCUAGUAUCGAAUCCGAUGUUUAAAACUUUCCAUUAAUGUUUUAUCUAUAGGGAAACAUACGUAAUGGCCAGCGUUCUGGAGGGAAAAUGUUGGAUGUCCGAUAGUGCCCUGCAAAGAGGAAG